AUGCACAGCCUUCCUCUGCUGCUGCUGCUGCUCUGGAGUGUGGGGUCUCAUGGCUUCCCAGCAAUGACUUCAAAAAUACAAGAAGAUGAUGUGGAGAUGGUCCAGAAAUACCUGGAGAACUACUACAACCUGAAGAAUAAUGGGGAACAAAUCGAAAGACAGAGUAAGAGUGACCUAGUGGUUGAAAAACUGAAAGAAAUGCAGAAAUUCUUUGGGCUGAAAGUGACUGGGAAGCCAGAUGCUGAGACCCGGAAUGUGAUGAAGCAGGCCAGAUGUGGGGUGCCAGAUGUGGCGCAGUUUGCCCUCACUGAAGGGAACCCUCGGUGGGAGCACACACACCUGACCUACAGGAUUGAAAAUUACACACCAGAUUUGCCGAGGGCAGAUGUGGACCAUGCCAUUGAGAAAGCCUUUCAACUUUGGAGUAGGGUCUCACCCCUGACUUUCACCAAGGUCUUUGAGGGUCAAGCAGACAUAAUGUUGUCCUUUGUCUGGGGAGAUCACAGAGACAAUUCUCCCUUUGAUGGACCAAACGGAAACCUCGCUCAUGCUUUUCCGCCAGGCCCACGUUUAGGAGGGGAUGUUCAUUUUGAUGAAGAUGAAACGUGGACCAACAAUUUCAGAAAUUACAAUUUGUAUCGUGUGGCUGCUCAUGAAUUGGGCCAUUCCCUUGGACUCUCUCAUUCGAAGGAUAUUGGGGCUUUGAUGUUCCCCAGCUACAUCUUCAGUGGUGAUGUUCAGCUCUCUCAGGAUGACAUUAAUGGUAUCCAGGCAAUAUAUGGACCCUCCAAAAACCCCACCGAGCCAGUGGGCCCACAAACCCCGCAAGUGUGUGAUAGUAAGCUAACCUUUGAUGCUGUAACUACAAUUCGGGGAGAAGUGAUGUUCUUCAAAGACAGGUUCUACAUGCGCACUAGUUCUUACUACCCAGAACCUGAGCUCAAUUUCAUUUCUGUUUUCUGGCCAAAUCUGCCAAGCGGACUUCAAGCUGCUUAUGAGGUUGCUGAUAGAGAUGAAGUCCGGUUUUUCAAAGAUCAUAAUUACUGGGCUGUUCAGGGGCAGGAAGUGCUGGCCGGCUACCCCAAGGACAUUUACAGAUCCUUUGGCUUCCCUAGAAGUGUGAAGAAUAUUGAUGCUGCUGUUUUUGAGGAAACUACUGGGAAAACAUUCUUCUUUGUUGCUGACAAGUACUGGAGGUAUGAUGAAUACAAACGAUCCAUGGAUGCAGGUUAUCCCAAAAUGAUAGCCGCUGACUUUCCUGGAAUUGGCAAAAAAGUUGAUGCUGUUUUCCAGAAAAAUGGAUUUCUUUAUUUCUUCCAUGGAACAAGGCAAUACAAGUUUGAUCCUAAAACAAAGAGAAUUUUGACUCUCCAGAAAGCUAAUAGCUGGUUCAACUGUAGACAAAAUUGA